UUAGGAUCUAAGUGACAAAAAAUCGAAAUCCGACAAUGAAGUGAAGCCAACGGCGCUUGUGACCGAUAUUAGUUCCAGCAUUCGAUUUCGAAUCGAAUACACUGCGAAUUCCGAGCCAGAAAUUGAGCGCUGUGGCAGUCUGUACACUCCGGGUAAUCUGGAUGGCAGCCGUGUGAUGUGUUGUCUACCGAGCCAAAGGGAAGACGAGCAGGAAAACCCGCAGACCAAUACCGAGCCGGAAGCAAUCAUCGCUGCGCUGAUUGGAACCUGCAUCGACUAUUCCGAUGGCUUCUGGUCGUAUGAGUUCUGCAUCGGCGGUAGUUUACGACAGUUUCUCAUAGCCCAACAGACUGACCCUGAGACACAGAUCAAGCACGACUACAGCCUGGGCACGUACACGAACACGUCCGUCACAGCACAGGCGAGCGACAGCUCAACUGCGGAUACUGUCGAGGAGAAGGACACUCCCAGCCCAAACCCUGGCCACGCAGGUGGCUCAUCCAGCGACCCUCCCCUACUGCAGUGGGGUGGGCUGCGUUUCCCGUACUUCGAGUGGAAGUAUGAGGAGGGCACCAUCUGCGAUGUGACUGGGAGCCCUAGGAAAACGAGUGUGCGCUUCAUCUGCAUGCAGGGUGUCCCCGAGAUGACGAUGCUCUCUCUACAGGAGUCUGUCACAUGUGUGUACACGGCUAUUGUAGCAGUGCCAGAACUGUGCACCCACGAGAAGUUCCGAACUUCUUCCGGCAAAUAUUACGACCUGAAAUGUUACCUACCCGACGAAGCCGAAAGGUUCGAGGCCGUCCGAAGUUCAGCCAGGCGCAGGGCAGCAGCCAUGAAUAUACCCCACGUCACCAACUGGGGCCUUCCCAAAGUCAUGCCAGCCGACUGGAAAGAUCCAUUAACGGUUCGCCAACGAGGGCUAGUUGCGGACGAACCUGUCCAGUACCAAAAAAUCAGAGCAGAUAUGAUCAUGGACUUGCUGAAGGACUUGCAAGCACAGUAGGCGACCUGUAGAUGUGAGGUGCAUACCUCAGACUUCCAACGAGUCACUCAUGAUCUUCAGGGGAUCAGAACGCUGUGCAGUUUAUCACUGAACGCCAGUAGAGGCAGUUGUGAAUGCAGAUGCCAUCCGUGAAGAAGGUUUGCGAGACAUUAUGCACACAUUCACCUGCCAUCACGGUGCGACUAUAGUAUCCCCGGCGAUUACCCGGAUACCAAACCUCAAGAGACUAUCGGGGGCUGCUGAUUGUGACAAGGACAGGCAUUCGCGGUGUAUACCUGAGCAGUUGAAAUGAGGAGUUCACGCUUACCUGCACCACCGGCUGGCGUCUGUCGGGUGAAAAGGACCGUUGUACGUACUCGUCACAACAAGACUGUCAUCAGAAGUGUAUGUACCAGGAAAUCAGCAAAGAGCAAGCUCUCAUCGCGCCUCAUUGUGGCAUGGUUGGCUGUGGGGAUGGGACACUCCGCAAACCAACUAGAGACAAACGCUUUUGCGGUGCAGAUUAGGUAGACGUUGGUGAGUGACAUUAUAACCUCUCCUGCCACCCUGUGUGAACACUGUGGGCAUUGCUCAGGCCCAUAAACAGCAGCACAAGUCUGUAGAGAAUCUCGAUACUACAUUGGGUGUUUUAUUUGCUAUUGGGUGAAAGUGACAGUCUGACUUGUGUGACGGCUGGACCAGAACUCAGCGAGCUUCGAAACGCCAGGUCGAAUUACAACGUACCUUGUGAGUACGCAGGCCAUGGACCACUCGGUAUCCCUACAAGGAUGUAAAGAACAAAUCUAGUAAACACACAUGCUCGUAUAAAGCCAUCCCCGUUCGAAGGGAUAUAAGA